AUGGUGAGACUUGAAAAGUAUGAAAUGAAUGCGAAAGCCAAAGCCAUCUGCAAAUCCAAUAAAACCGACAAGUUGAACCAGCUAAUCGCCGACUUUAUGUCCGAUUCCAACGGCAAGCGCUCCGACGCCAAGUCGAUUUUCGAAAACUGCGUAAGGCAACCCUGUCCAGAAGUCUUCGCUAACAAGCUUUAUCAGGUGCUCUCCUCCUCCCUAGACCACAACUCAUGUUUCAUUUCCGCCAUUCUCCUUCUCAAGUCACUCAUCACUAAAUUUGACACGCCCUUCCUCCGUUUUCCUCCUGAAGAGCAAUUCACUCUAAAACGCGAUCUCUUGAAAUUAGUUGACACAUCCGUUGACACACCUACAAGACCAAUCAAUAAAGAACUCUGCCACACUGUAUCAGCUCUUGCAGCUUCUCUUUUACCUAAAAAAGAAUGGCCCGAAUUCUUACCCUUUUUAUUUCAACUUAUAACAUCUGAUAAAAAGAGGGCGUUGUUGAUUGGUGCUCAUUUAGCACAGUAUCUGGGGAAGGGACUGAAGGAGUUGCAUUCAGUUAACUUGUAUUCGGAGUUGAAUUCAGUUAUCUUGAAUAAGUUGCAUCCAGUUAACUUGACAGAGGGGGAGGGGGAGGGGGAGGAUGUGCGUAUCGUGGUGUGGGGGGCCGCGAUUAAUUUCAUUCUAUGUUUAGAACAAAACGAUUUGGUCAAUUUUCAGGAUUUGUUGACAGCGAUGAUGUCUACGUUGAAGAAGGCGUUGUUGUAUAGUGGGAAUGAAACAAUGGUCGACGAUAACACGUUGAAGUUAUUGAUAAAUUUGGCAGGAAUGAAGCCGACGUUUUUUAGGAAACAAAUUGUGGAAAUGGUGAAGAAAAUAUUGAUGAUGGCCGAUGAUCAUAGUUUGGAGAAAGGGACUAGGCGUCUGGCCAUUGAAUUCGUUUUGACAUUGGUCCAGUUCGUUUUCACAUUGGCCGAGGUCGAGAAAACGAAUCCCAGGCUGCUGAAGCUUGGGACGGAGUUUGAAAUUAAUAUGCAGGAGAUGUGGGAGGGUAAUGGGGAGACGGAUUAUUGGUCUUGGCGGGGGUGUGUGGAUAGGCUGAGGAUUUUGUCGCAUAAGAAUCGUAUUUGGACUGUUGCUUUUGAAGUGUUACCGGCGUAUUUGGCUGCUCCUAAGGAGCAAAGGCACCGUGCCGCACUCAUUGCGCUCUCAAAGAGUAUAAUUACGUGGAAUUGUCGAGAGUGUUUGUUAAAAGAGAAAGAAUGGGAUGUGCGUGUUGCAGCUUUGGGGGCCGCAAUUAAUUUCAUUCAGUGUCCGGACUUGUUGACUUCGAUGCUGUCUGUGUUGGAGAACGUGUUGGAGGAUAGGGAUGAAGCGAUGGCCAUUGAAGUGUUGGAGUUGUUGACAAAGUUAGUAGAACCGAGGUUUUUGGUGGGGCAAAUUGAGGAGUGGGUAAAGAGAAUAUGGCAGAUUGCGAAUAAUGAUAGUUUGAACGUAGCGACGAGGCGUUUGGCCAUUGAGUUCCUUUUGAAAUUGGCGCCGGACGAGGAGAUAGCGCCUUGGCUACAACAGAAUGUGAGGAAUUUGUUUGAAAUUUUGAUGAACAUGUUGGACUAUAUAAAUGAUUAUGAUCCCAAUGCAGAUUAUGUGUCUGCAUGGGAGAGAAGUAAUAAUUGGCGUUGGAGAUGUUUGGGUAUGUUGUUUAUUGUGGUGGGUAGGAAUGACAUGUAUUCUGUUGUUUUGGAAGUGUUGUCGGCGUAUUUGGAUGCUCCAGAGUGGCAAAAGAAGUAUAGCGCAUUCAUUGUGCUCGCAGAGAGUAUAGAAAGUUGUUGUGAGGUAUCAGAGCUUUCCUUUUUAUAA